AUGGAUGAAGAAAGCAACGCAAGUAGCGAGUUAUAUGACGUAUUCGCGAUUCUUAAGGAGUCUGCGAAGGGUCAAUGGGAUAUUGACGCUGAUGAUCUGCUCUUAAAGACAAUGAUGAUGAUGCAGGCAAAGUUUAUGGCACGUUUUGGUUCUGUUCGUGACAAAGUUGAUGGACUUUAUGAAAAUACUCACACCGCUUCUAUUCAACUUCAGAAUGCCAUGAAUUCUUUCCUUCUUCUCUCACAGAAACAAUUUGUGCAAAAUCGUGUCUCUGUGGAGGAUACCGAAAGUGGAACUGUAUCUGACCAGAGUGAAGGUGAUGAAAAAAAUGUUUCCAUUCUCAAUGGCAACUCAGCAGAGGAUAUGGAGGCGAAAGUAACCCGUGUGUGCCAGGAGGCUAUCGACAUUGGUGUACGUGUUCUUGAAGAACGAACUAUACCGCUCUUCGCUGAGGAUACAGCUCCAAGUGAACUACCUAACACAGAGGAUAGUGUACAGGACGAAAAGGAUACCCUUUCCCAGUCUUUUGCUAAUCACUACAGAGACAGACAUCUUAUGGCACUUAUUGGAUCGGAACAAUUUCUCACCGAUCCCUACGCUGGAUACUUUGGGAAGGAUAGCAGGGAUUCUCGAAGGUCAUCCACAUCAGAGUCCUCCUCUGACAGUAUAGCAGAACCUGUGGCGGUAGACGUACGGCGCGACCUGGCGUUUCACACUGCUGGAACAGUACCAGCAGAUACCACAACUCGUCCAAUAGUGUUAGCCACAAAACUACCACCACCACCACCCCCACCACCACCUCCGCCACCACCACCACCGGCAGCACGAAUAACAACAACAACAACAACAACAAAAACGACAUCUGUUGGAGGUUCACUGACUAGAAAGGCAGAUAACACAUCGACGGUGACAACAACCAGGAAGACUGGUAUUUCCGCAUUUCUUGAUUCGUCCGAAAGCUCAGAUGAUAAUAAACCACUGCACAAACCAGUUGUAAGUUCACGACCAACACCUGGUGGAAAAAAGGUUAGCAAUUUUUCCAAAGCAUCUAUUUCUUCUGCGUCAACUUCAUCUGAUUCAUCAGAUAAUUCGGUGCGGAAAGUUCCGGUCAAACCUGUCCCACCACGGAAAACUAACAUAUUUGUAAGUGACUCGAGUUCUGAUAACGAAAACACCAAGGUUCCACAUUUAGGUUCUGCAAAGAAAGCCAUAAAGGCACCUCCACGAGGAAUAUUCGGUAGUGAUGAUUCAUCUUCGUCAGAGUAUCAGUAUCCUCGAUCGAAACCCCCACCAAAGGUUGUAGAGAGUAAGGCGACACCAACUACUAAACCAGAUGUUCUCCUACAGAAGAGAGGAACUCACAAAACACUUGCUGAACGUUCAGACUCCAAGGAAAGUUCAGAUAGUGACACUGUUGUAGCGUCAAAAGUUGUGGAUUUGCAGAAAGCCACAAGUUUUAAUAAAGUAACACCUGACGAUUUCCCUGAGAAACAAAAAGAAGUGCUUUCUGUAUCUACUGCUAACCACGAUUCUGUAGAACGUAUUGGGGUUUCACCUCCUGUUUCUUUGCCUUCAGCGGUGGGAGAGCAAAAAGUUCCAGAAGUAGUACCACCCCCUGUAAGAGUUUCAAUUCCUCUUCCAAAGCGUGGUGGCAAGGCAUUAUCGACAUCGUCCUCUGACACAGAGGAAUUUGUGAAGAGUAGAGAGGUUUCUUCACAACCACCAAGAGUUGGCGCCAAAAAGGUCCCUCCUCCUCCUCCUCCUAGAAAACUAACUGUUAAAACCGCUCCUCCACUGGACAGCAGUAGUAGUAGUAGCAGUAGUAAUAGUAGAAGUGACCUGGGGGAUAAAAAAGCCUUUGGCGGUACCGCUGCACGUGCUCCUCGCAUGGUAGUUCCUAAAGUAACCUUCAGCAAACGACGUAUAGACAGCAGUGAUUCUGACACGUAA